AGUCGAAAGGACUUUCUUACUGGUUUAAUUAGUUCUUGUCAUUGUCCGGCGGAGGAGGAUUAAACUUACAGCAGCCGCAAAGUAGCAGCAAAGGCAGUGCGUUGGUUAUAUUUUCAGCAAGCGGUUCGCAUGAGAAAGCCAAGGCUCUGUAGACGGGAUAGAAGUUUUGACCUGGUGCUCAAAAACACGCAUGUUUUCCUUGGUGUCCUGUUUGGCAUGCAUUUGUAAGCGCACGGCGUCUCAUUUCAGUUGUCGUCUUUCUGUUCGUCCAGGAGGAGCCGAGAUUAGGAUCGACUCCUUUAGCCAUGUUAGCUGCCACAUGCAACAAAAUAGGGAGUCCGAACCCUUCACCGUCGACUAUUUCGGAUAAUUCCUCGUCCUUUGGAAAAGGCUUCCACCCGUGGAAAAGAGCUGCUGCGAGCAGCUGCAGCCUCGGAUCCGGCCUGUCCGGCUUCGGGGUGUCCCGCAAUGGAGCCGGCAUCUCGGACUCUUUCUGCACCAACAACUCCAACGGAUCCAGUGCUUUUUCCCUCACGUCUGGUGCCUCACCCGGUUCACACUUUGGAAACGAUUAUUCGGUUUUCCAAGCGUCCGUUUCGGGCAACUCUCAAGAAACCAGCCACCAGCCGGUUUUCAUCUCGAAGGUGCACACCUCAGUGGACAGUUUGCAGGGCAUCUACCCGAGGAUGAGCGUUGCGCAUCCCUACGAGUCCUGGUUCAAAUCGUCUCAUCCCGGUAUCCCCACAGGAGAGGUUGGAACCACCGGAGCCUCUGCGUGGUGGGAUGUGGGAACGGGAUGGAUUGAUGUUCAAAACCCUAAUGGAGCAGCACUACAAACGUCCCUACAUUCCGGUGGACUCCAGACCUCCUUGCACUCUCCUCUGGGCGGAUAUAAUUCUGAUUACUCGAGUUUAAGUCACUCUGCUUUCAGUACAAGUCCCUCUCCACACCUGUUGACAACCGGCCAGCACCUGAUGGACGGUUUCAAGCCGGUGCUAUCCUCUUAUCCGGACACAAGCCCAUCUCCAUUAGCCGGGGCAGGGGGGACUAUGCUCUCCGGGGGUCCACCUGCAUCUUUAGCGGGGUCUCCGAGGUCAUCUGCCCGGCGGUACUCAGGCAGAGCCACCUGCGACUGUCCAAACUGCCAGGAGGCGGAGAGACUGGGACCGGCGGGCGCCAGCCUCCGGAGGAAAGGUCUCCACAGCUGUCACAUCCCCGGCUGUGGGAAGGUUUACGGGAAAACAUCGCACCUAAAGGCGCAUUUGAGGUGGCACACCGGCGAGAGGCCGUUUGUGUGCAACUGGCUCUUUUGCGGGAAGAGGUUCACGCGCUCCGACGAGCUCCAGCGACAUUUACGCACACACACCGGGGAGAAAAGAUUCGCCUGUCCGGUGUGCAACAAGAGAUUUAUGCGUAGCGAUCACCUGAGUAAACAUGUAAAAACUCACAGCGCCGGAGGAUCCGCCGGCUCUGGCUCCGGGGGCAGCGGAGGAAAGAGGGGGAGUGAUACCGACAGCGAGCACAGCGCGCCGGGAAGCCCUCCGUGCCAUUCCCCCGACCUGUUGCACCCACCUGAGUCAACCCAGGGAGUAGGCAUGAACGGCCUCUAAAACUCCCCUCAGUGAAGUCAAAACUGUAAAACAACAAAGUGUUGUGACGGAAUUGUCCGAGAAGACACGGAAGUGGACAUACUUUGGUGUAUGCGAAAUGCUUCAUAAUGAGUGUUGUCAUUUAAUGAGAAAAUAGGCCUAUACGUUUCUUUGACUUUUUCCAAGUGUUUAAGACGACUAAUUACAUAAUUUCAUAGCUGUACCAUCAGAAACUUCUCAUUAACACAUCUACGGUGUGAACGUGUAAUCAAGUUAUUGUGGUUCACACUGGAACAGGGCACAACUCAAACUUUGUUUUUGCAUCCGAACCUGAAUUCUUUGAUGUUUUAUUUCCCAGGAUAGGAUAAGCAACAUAUAUAAACACUGCUGUGAAAAAUGUAGGCCUGCAAAGUAGUGCUACUACUGUCAUACAUAUUGUUCAAAACCAAACUCUGGCACUUUAUUAUCGAGCAGGAGAAAUUGUUCAUUUUUAUCCCUGUGGAUAGACUGCUCGGUAGGAACAAAUACCUGUAGAGUGUGGUACGAUUCGAGAUGGGAUAGUUUCGUUUUAUCUGUCUGAUCCUAUCAAGCGAUAAUGGAGGAGCAGUUAUAGGUUUAUAUCCCAUAUUGCUAUUCAACAGCCUACAGUAUGUGCGUCAAGUCACGUUUGUAAGUAGGCCAGGCGAGGUUACUUACACUUCGCUGCAAAAUGUGUUGUACAUAAUGAGAAAUGUAGGUUAGAAUAAUUACAGCCCAAUGUAAAGGUGAGUAAUGUAUUUGUCCAGGAGACGAUUUUGUAUAGGUAUUUCUAGUUGUAUAUGGACUCUAGUAAAUAUUUGAAAAUAUACGGAAAUGUACUUGGAUUUUUCUUUGACAUGAUAUGAAAUGUACUGUGGGGAGUUAUAUUUAACCUCGAGUUUUCUUGUAUUUAGGGGUCUGUCAUUAGGCGCACUUUGAAUUUAUUUGUAAGGUUUGGAAAUCAUUUACUGUUUACCCACUCAUUUAAUUUAAGUAAGCAUGUUGUAAAGUGAUUUUAAUUUUACAAUGAUAUUUUUUUCCCUCCGAGAAUGGCUUUUUAUGUAAGCCACUCAAUAAAGUCAGUAUGAAUUCAGAAGCA